UUAUUGUCACUUAACAUUCCUGUGCUACUUUCAUGUUCACUGCAGGUUACGGGUGCUAACAAAGGGAUUGGAAAUGGAAUUGUGGAGCUACUGGCUCGAGGUUUGAAACCAACUUCCGAGUGGCACGUCUACCUGACUGCGCGAAACGAGAAGCUGGGUUUGGAGGCCGUGAAGGUGCUUGAGGAGAAGGGUCUGAGCGUGAAGUUCCACCAACUGGACAUCACAGAUGCAGAGAGUCGACACAGGCUGGCCGCGUUCAUCAAGGAGAACUAUGCGGAGGGGAUAGAUAUUCUGGUGAAUAAUGCUGGGAUCGCUUACAAAGUGGACUCCACUGCUCCGUUCGGCGAGCAAGCGAAAGUCACUAUUUUCUUGCCACUGAUGGCGAAGGAUUCAAGACUUGUUAAUGUGGCUAGUACUAUGGCAAUUAUGUCGUUACAUGCAGAAGCGGGAGAUCAUGAAAAGGCAGGCUUUUCUAACUCCGCGUAUGGAAUGUCAAAGGUUGGCUUGUGGAAAGCUACUGCUAUUUUGGCUGAACAAUUCAGAGGUGAUCCUCGUCACAUUCUCAUAAAUUCGUGUUGUCCUGGUUAUGUUAAUACGGACAUGUCAAGUCACAAGGGCCACAAGACCAUAUUAGAAGGUACGUUUGCCUUGAAAUGGCCUUUGAAUGUCAUUAUCGUGAUUGACCGCUACUCUAACCUCCAGCUGGCGAAAGUUAAGGUAUCGGUUGAACUAUUUGCGAGUCAUUCAACCAAGUUGAAUUAUAGACGUAUUAUACUGUUGAUGCUGAUUCCACGUGUUCUUUUAGGUGCCGACACACCUGUUUAUCUUGCUACAUUGCCGAAGGGCGCUACUGAACCCUACGGCCAGUUCGUCAGGGAACGCUGCGUUGUCGAUGUGGACAAGGAGUGUCCACUUUGA